CACUCACCCCCGCGCCUCACUUUUGGCCCCUCCCGGCCGCCGUUGCCUCCGUAACUCCGCGCCCGUGACCCGGAAGAGCAUUCUCCUUAGCAACUGCGGGACCGCGGCGGCGCUUUCCUCCCGGGAGACACGCUAGUGGCAACGGAGCUGAUCAAGGCCAGAAGAACUCUGAGCUAAGCAGUGGAGGCCCUCCUGGAUCUAGAGAGAAGAGGUGACCUUGGAACCAGUAAUGAGCCAUCCUGACUACCGGCUGAACCUCCGGCCCCUGGGGACCCCCAGAGGCACGUCCUCUUUGGCUGGCCCACGUGGUGUUGGUGCUUCACCAGGUGACAAAAAGUCAAAGAGCAAGACCAUACGAGGGAAGAAAAAAAGCAUAUUUGAAACCUACCUGUGCAAGGAGGACGUUUCAGAAGGCUUGAAGAGAGGAACACUUAUUCAGGGUAUAUUGAGAAUUAAUCCGAAGAAGUUUCACGAAGCCUUCAUUCCUUCCCCGGAUGGUGAUCGAGACAUUUUUAUUGAUGGGGUUGUUGCUCGUAAUAGAGCCUUGAAUGGGGAUCUGGUGGUUGUGAAUCUGCUUCCAGAGGAGCAGUGGAAGGUAAUUAAACCAGAGAGCAAUGACAAAGAAACAGAAGGUGCCUAUGAAUCAGAUCUCCCUGAGGAGCUCUGUGGAAGCCAUCUCCUGCAACAGUCCCUGAAAGGCUAUAAUGACAGUCCUGAUGUCAUUAUAGAGGCUCAGUUUGAUGACAGCGACUCAGAAGAUGGACAUGGCAACGCGCAGAAUGCUCUGGUUGAUGGUGUUAAGAAACUCUCAGUUUGUGUUCAUGAAAAAGGAAAAGAGGAUGCUGGUGCACCAGUUACAGAAGACGAGAACACCUUCAUGUCACAGGACACAAGAGCUUUACCAGAGAAGUCGCUGCAGAGAUCAGCAAAGGUGGUUUACAUCUUGGAAAAAAAACAUUCCCGUGCAGCGACUGGCUUCCUCAAACUCUUGGCCGAUAAGAACAGUGAACUGUUUAGGAAGUAUGCCCUGUUUUCUCCCUCGGACCACCGGGUGCCUAGAAUUUAUGUACCUCUCAAGGACUGUCCCCAGGACUUUGUGACCCGGCCUAAAGAUUAUGCCAACACGCUGUUCAUCUGCCGCAUUGUGGACUGGAAGGAAGACAGCAACUUUGCCCUGGGGCAGCUGGCUAAGAGUCUUGGGCAGGCUGGUGAAAUCGAGCCUGAAACAGAAGGGAUACUAACAGAGUAUGGAGUGGAUUUCUCUGAUUUCUCUUCAGAAGUUUUAGAAUGUCUCCCUCAGGGCCUGCCUUGGACAAUUCCACCAGAGGAAUUCAGCAAGAGAAGAGAUUUAAGAAAAGACUGUGUCUUCACCAUCGACCCAUCAACUGCCCGAGACCUCGAUGACGCCCUCUCCUGCAAGCCCGUCGCUGAUGGCAACUUUGAAGUGGGAGUUCACAUCGCUGACGUCAGUUACUUUGUUCCCGAGGGAUCCAGUCUGGAUAAAGUGGCUGCUGAGAGAGCUACAAGUGUCUACUUGGUUCAGAAGGUUGUCCCCAUGCUUCCCAGGCUGCUGUGUGAGGAACUGUGCAGCCUCAACCCCAUGACCGACAAGCUCACCUUCUCCGUGAUCUGGACGCUAACUCCGAAGGGCAAGAUCCUCAGUGAAUGGUUUGGCCAGACCAUCAUCCGCUCCUGCACCAAACUGAGCUAUGAACAUGCACAGAGCAUGAUUGAAGGCCCAACUAGGAAGAUCCCCGAGAAGGAGCUGCCCCCCGUCUCCCCGGAGCACACCAGUGAGGAAGUGCGGCAGGCUGUUCUGAACCUCCACGGUAUUGCAAAGGAAUUACGUCAACAGCGGUUUGCGGACGGCGCUCUUCGUUUGGAUCAGCUAAAGCUUGUUUUUACUCUGGACCACGAGACAGGAUUGCCUCAAGGAUGUCACAUCUACGAGUACCGUGACAGCAACAAGCUCGUGGAAGAGUUCAUGCUCUUGGCCAACAUGGCUGUGGCCCGCAAGAUCUACUGCACCUUCCCCGAGCGAGCCCUGCUACGGCGGCACCCCCCACCCCAGACCAAGAUGCUCAACGACCUGGUGGAAUUCUGUGACCAGAUGCGGCUGCCCAUGGACUUCAGCUCUGCAGGGGCCCUCCAUAAAAGUCUGAUGGAGACAUUUGGAGAUGACAAGUACUCACGGGCCCAGAAGGAGGUGCUCACCAACAUGUGCUCCCGGCCCAUGCAGAUGGCCUCGUACUUCUGCUCGGGGGUGCUGCAGGGCCAGGCACAGCUCCGCCACUACGCCCUCAACGUGCCGCUCUACACGCACUUCACCUCUCCCAUCCGCCGCUUCGCUGACGUCUUGGUGCAUCGCCUCCUGGCCGCCACACUGGGCUACAGGGAGCUUCCAGACGUGGAGCCCGAUGCCCUGCAGAAGCAGGCUGACCACUGCAAUGACCGCCGCAUGGCAUCCAAGCGCGUGCAGGAGCUCAGCACCAGCCUCUUCUUUGCCAUCCUGGUCAAGGAGAGCGGCCCCCUGGAGUCGGAAGCCAUGGUGAUGGGUGUCCUGAGCCAAGCCUUCGACGUGCUGGUGCUGCGCUACGGGGUACAGAAGCGCGUCUACUGUAACGCACUGCCCCUGCGGUCAUACCGUUUCCAGAAGGUGGGCAAGAAGCCGGAGCUCACGCUUGUCUGGGAGCCUGAGGACGCAGAGCAGGAGCCGGCGCAGCAGCACCUUGACCAGCCUUCGGUCUGUCCAUCCUGCCACCCCCAAGACAUCCCAGAGGCCACCGUUCCCUCCCUGCCCCUGCCCCAGAGCCUUCUAGAACCAGCCAUCUGGAAGGGCAAUGGUGAGGGUCCGGUGGCUUGGUAUUUGGAUGAAGAGGUUUCUGGGUGCUUCUGCAGCCGGGGCAGCCUGACAGCGCGAGCCCAAGGGCCGGACCUCCCAGCCCUGUCCUCAACCUCUCACCCUGCCCACCCGCUGAGGAGGAACUGCCCCUCUCUCCUCGCGCUGUCCGCCAGGGCCUCCCGUGGAGCCUGGGAGCUGAGGGCAGAGCAGAGCCCCACGGAGGGGCGCCCUCAGGAUGGUGGUGGGGUCCGCGUGCUGGGCCUUCUCUCGGGCAGCAUGGACGCAGGCUGGACACCCUUCCUCACGGCCCCAGCGCCCCAGACCGUGGUCAAUCGUAGCCAGCUUGGUCAGCAAGGAAGACCGUUGCUGCCUGGACUUGCUGGGGAAGCAGAGGCUGGCCUCGCCCUGAUGGCCCUAGAGCUGGGGGACCCAUAGCAGCCCCAGCACCUCCACCCCAUUUGACAGAAGGGGGAACUGCACCCAGAAAGGAGGUAGGUCUCUGGCCAAAGUGACACAGCCAGACUCUGCCCAGCCAGGUCCAGGGUUCAGGCACCUGCCCUCCCCCAGGUGGCCUGCCUGUGGGCUCAGAGCAAACGGCCCAGCACUCUCCCCCCGCGUCAGCUGCACCCUUCAUCUGCAUCCGCUCCCUCGGCGGGUGUCCUUGACACCGUCCACGUGCAGGGCGCUGGCCAGACACACGUCCACGAUCCGAUGAGGGAGACAGCCCCUUGUGGCCCCUCGCUCAGGGGACUGUUGAUAAAGGGAGUGAUGGGACCCAAAUCUUGUCAAGAAGGAAGCCGUGGUCAUUCCUUCAGCUGUCCCAGAGCACCUGCACGUGUCCUCAAGGAGCCACCUCCGGUCGCCAUGGGGGAGGGAGACGUAGACGCAAAUGAUGUCACUGCAGGACAAGGUGCUAUAGCGAAGUUCAGAAGCUAGGGUGUGUGUUCCCAGACGUGAAGGGUGGGUACUCAGAGGAAGAAAGCGCCCGCAGCCGGCCCACAUGGGCAAAGAACUGAGGUUCGGAGAUUGCUGACACGAGCCGUGAAGGGUGGAGGUCACUGGGAUCAGAGGGGGCCCGGGGGACAAGCAGGAGGUGCUGGCGAGGUAGGAGCGGGGUAGAUCCCCACUGACCCUUAUGGCAGCUGGAGAGCGUGCCCUGUGUGCUGCGGGCCAUCAGAGCCCCGGGAGGGUUCUCCUCAGGGCCGUGACGCGAUAUGACCUUUGUCCUUCACUCAUUUAUCAACAGCAGUGAGUGCCUUCCGUGUGCCGUGUCCUCUGGGAGCCUAUGGUCAGGAGGGGAAGUCGCGUUUCUAGUGUGGCAGGUGGUGGGGACGGUGUUGAUGGCAGCGGAGGAAAAGCAGUGCUGAGGAGGGGGCGUAGGUGGCAGAGACGUCCAGGAGCCGCCCGGGGCUACUUGUGGGCACAGCCCCAAGGCAGGAGUGGGCUUGGUCGGUGAACGGGGCCAAAGGGCCUCUGGGGUUGUUUUCCCAGGGGCCCUGUCUCUUUAUGGGACCCGCUCCCCAGCUUCUAGCCCAUCCCUCCCACCUGCGUGGGUCCCCAGGAGCCACCAUUCUGUACCACGACAUCUCUGAUGGGACCCGGGGUGGGCACCUGGCCCAUUCUUUCCUGGGGUCUGUCCUAACUAGAAUUGGGAGAGGGUGUCACUGUCUCCCCAGGAUGGUAGUUUGCAAGACAUAGAAGCUCACGUUUCCGGAAAGUCACCGUGAAGGAAGCAGUGUACACCAGGAGGAAGGAAAGCGGUCUCAGAGAAGGGAGACCGAGAGCCUCGGAGGCACUGGGUUUCUCGCACCCCAGGAGACCCAGAGGCGCCUCCGUGUGGUGGGCUUUUCUGCCUUGUGGUGGUUCACGUACCAUGAGGAGCCUUUCCAUCAAUUCCCUUCCCCCUAAAGCUACUUCACACUUGGUUUCUUUCCUUUGCAGCCAAGAUAGGAGUCUUCCUGAAGCCUCAGGAUGCUACCAAAGGGAUCUUGGGUGCCCUCCCCCAGCAAUCAGCAAAGCCCAUCUACUGACAUUGGUUGUGGUAAAGGUGCCAACCAAGGAGAAAGGGCAACUCAUGCUCAAAAGACCCAGACUCCCUGAGGGCUUUCAGGGAAGGGGUUUUAAAGGCAGCAAUACAGGGUGAGGGUUUUGGAGGUACGUGGUCAGAUUGUGGACUUCCUUCUGAUUGGUUGGUGGUCUGGGUGCUAUUUCAGGAAUCUUAAGCAUCAGCCUUCUGGUUCCAGCCAGUCUGGGGUCUAAGUGCUUGUGGUCAGUAUGUAGUUACCAUCCUCCACCUGGGUGAGAGGGUCUUCCUUCCUGCAGGACACCUCAAAGAUUUGUGUCAGAUUGUUAUGUAUAAUCCUUGAGAAGGAACUAGAUGUCCUGUAACUCUAUUGUUUAAGCUCUUCUUACUUUUCUUGCUUGCCGGCUUUCCUCUGUUUCUGCAUUCCCUCACUUCUCUAAUUAGUAACCACUUGUGUCUGUUCUUUGGGACUCAGGGAAGGCCUAGGAGACUUUUUUCCUACAAACAAGAGAUGGGGGACACAGCGGGGCUUUUGUACCCAGAAAGGCCUCGUGGGUCCUGCUCAGUUUCAGUUCCCCCUUUUCUUUGAUCCUCCUCAGUCCCGAGGGGAACAGGGACAGGACGAGAAAGGGAAUAAAGUUUUGGAUAGAGACGUUCAUCAUCAACUCGGCAGCGGAACUCAGGUUUAGGGAGACUCGGUUUCAAGGACCCUACCUGUUCUGGCCCCUUGUCCUGUCCGGCCACCCCGGCUAAAGUGUCCCAGAGUAAACGCAAGGUGUUCCCUUCAGGCCCCGCCCAAAUUGCAAGUUUGUGAUCAAAGAAACUAUUGUUGUUUAAGUUUGUUUGGGGAUGGUUCAUUACACAACCAUAAAAUGCGGAAUAUCAAUAGAAUAUAUCAAUAAAUAUAGCUUAAAAGGGAAAAAUGAAGAAGUAUGUGAUUUAGAAACAAUGGUAAAUAGCAAAAUUAAAAUCUAAGGGGGGGUGCUUCCCUGGUGGCGCAGUGGUUGAGAAUCCGCCUGCCGAUGCAGGGGACACGGGGUCGUGCCCCGGUCCGGGAGGAUCCCACGUGCCGCGGAGCGGCUGGGCCCGUGAGCCACGGCCGCUGAGCCUGCGCGUCCGGAGCCUGUGCUCCGCAACGGGAGAGGCCACAGCGGUGAGAGGCCCGCGUACCGCAAAAAAAAAAAAAAAAAAAUCUAAGGGGGAAAAUGGUUGCCUCGGAGAUGGGAAACUGCAGUGAGGGAGACAGGAACCUGCUGUUUUGUUUUAUUGUAACAAACCUUAUGGAUCUGUUUGAUACUUUAAACUGCAUUAAUGUAUAACUUGGAUAAAAAUCAAAACUAAAACUAAAAAAAGAAUUUUUUCCCUUUUUUUCUUUCUUUUUGCUUAGCAGGAAUGGAUCUACAAUUGGUUUAAAAGGCUUCUUGUACACUCAGCAGUGGGUGUAUGAAACAGUCCAUUAUUCCAGCAACUAAGAUAAAAUUCCUGCUGACACGACCUGAUAUUCCCACUCCGCUAAAAUGCUGCCUAAGGUUUUUUACUUAAAGACUCAGGUAACAGUCUUGGGGGUGACGAGUCCCGGUUGCCUCGGUGGAGCCCCUAAGGGGCCUUGUUUAUUCUGUGUCUGAGCCCAGGCUUGGGCGUCCAGGGUGAGGUGCCAGCCAGACAGGAAGCAGCCUGCAGGUGAGGCUGCGGGCCCGGGUGUGGCGGCUCCGCGGAAGAGCUGAGCCUCAGGCCCUUCCUGGAGCAGUUCGUGGGUCUGAAUCCCGGAUUUCAGGGUUAUUUGGAGUUGGGGGGUGUGGGUUAGGUGUUGAAGCAGAUUAAAGGUUUGAGGCCUGGUGAAUGGAAGGAGGAAGAUGCCUUUCACAGCAAAGAAGGCUCUGGAGAUGGAGGAGGGUGCCCUCAGCACUUGCACAUAACUUAGUAUGGCAGGAUAAUCUCUUUGAACCUUGUCUUUUUAUGGGUUUUUGUGGUUUGGGGAUUUUUAAUAUGUAGGAAGCCACUUUAGGGGGGAAAUACAUUUAAAUAUUUCACUUUGUAAAGUGAUUAGUUAUUUAUUUAUUUGGCCACACCGCGCAGCAUGUGGGAUCUCAGUUCCCCCACCAGGGAUCAUACCUGUGCCCGCUGAAGUGGAAGUGCUGAGUCUUAACCACUGGACCCCCAGGGAAGUGCCUUAAAAAGUUAUUUUACUUAACCAGGUUCAUGAAUUGCAUUGAUUCUUUAACGUUCUUAAAUUGUACCUUGCUCGGUUCUGGAAAGCAGUCAGCCAAAUACUGAAAAAGCAGCAGAAACUGAAGUGCAAAAUAGAACAUGAAACAAAAACUCUCCUUUAGCAUAUUUUACCUUAAUAGAUUUUCAGACUACACAAGGUACUGUUGGAAUAAAAUUGUCCUCCUCGUUCUUAUGAUACAAAGUAAACGUGAGAUUAUUUUCACUCCUGAGUCGCAGGAGGCUCUUGACUUUUUUUUUUUUUUUUUUGGCCGCACCUCGCAGCUUGUGGGAUCUCAGUUCCUCGACCGGGGAUUCCAGCUACUGGACCGCCAGGGAAUUCCCUGGGGAGCUCUUGACUGUCUUAGGCUUCCAUUUCCACACAUUAUAUCCUACCACCCCAGGACAGAGCAGAGGCCUGGCCUCUGCCAACUGCCUGGCUGAGCCUCCCUUCCGCCCAGGGCUCUGCUGUACCCCAGCCUCUGGCAGGCUGAGCCAGAGCCCAGUACUGCAUACGGGGCUCCACGGUCAUUGAGAGUUCUCCCCAGGAACCGUGUGAGAGCGGGGGCUGGUCUGUCUCCUGCCUUGGUGGUAGGAAAGGUCCCCAUCCUCUGCUCACCCCAGGCACCUGACCCAAGUUCCCCUGUGGAAGGGAAGUGCCUGGAUGUUCCUCCCUGGUAGGUGGAAUGGGCCAGAGGGAAACAGUCUACACAGACCUUGAUUAAGAAUUGUAAAAUAUUUGUUUUCUGGAAAUGAGCUGCUUUAAUAUUUGACCAUUUGUUUGGCUUUCAAACACUCAGCUUGCAAACAUGCCUUAAGGAUAUUACGUCCUGCCUUAAGGUUGGGGUUUCACCCCUACCCCACCUCCGGAAUUGCCUCUGCACCAGGCCCCAUGCUAACAGCCCUGUGACACAGGUACUAUUAUUUUUUUCCCAUUUUGCAGAUGAAGGAAUUAAGACUUGAAGAGGUUAGGUACCGGAGAAUACCCAUAAUAAGUGGUGGAAAUUGAAUGAGCCCAGGCCCAAAAUCUACUGAUUUCUUUCAAUCAACAUUUCUCAGAGCUAAAGCUUUUCAUAUAUCACCACUUUUUCUAUUUCCCCACACUACAUAGCUUGUGGGAUCUUAGUUCCCUGACCAGGGAUCAAACCUGGGCCCCAGCAGUGAAAGCGCCAAGUCCUAACCCCUGGACCACCAGGGAAUUCCUCGUGUAUCACCUUAAUGAGUGUUUGCCAUGGCCACAGGCUUACUUGUACUGAGGCAGGAGAUGGAUGGGCUUCAGCCUAGGCGUUUACAAAUGGCCUCCUGUUUACAUUUCUUGGGGUGAGAAAAAGAUGGGCUUCAGGCCGGACCCUUGCAACUAGCCUCCUGUUUGCAUUUCCUGAGACAGGAGAUAGGUGGUUAGAUGUUUACAGCCAGCCUCAUGUUUGCACUUUGAAAUAGAAAUAACAACAGAUCGUGCCCCGGUCCGGGCAGAUCCCACAUGCCGCGGAGCGGCUGGGCCCGUGAGCCAUGGCCACUGAGCCUGCGCGUCCGGAGCCUGUGCCCCACAACGGGAGAGGCGACAACAGUGAGAGGCCCGCGUACCACAAAAAAAAAAAAAAAAAAAAAAAAAAAAGAAAUAACAACAGAAACAGGGUAAAUAGCCCGGCUUUGUCUCCUGUGGACACUUUAAGAUAAUAGUCGUGGCAGAAACAGAGAGGGGCUAAACCCUAUUUGAGUAAAGAUCAAGAGGUCAUAUAUUUCCCAUCCUCGGGGCAAGGGAGACAUUGCACAUGCCCAGAAACGCUCCUUGGGCAAAAAGGAGGGGGCACCACCCCAUAAUAUGGGAUGCCAAGGCCGUCCCAUAGGCCUCUGGGCUGGAAUCCAUCUUGGGAAAAAGUUGCGCAUGCGUGUUGGGGAGUGUCCUAGCGCAGGGCGGGUGUGGCAAAGAAACCAGAUAAUUGGCCAAAGGUAAGCAUAGACCUGGAAGAACUUCCCUAUAUAGAUGACUUAACUGCUUCUUUACUGCGCUCCUCCUCCUUAGGGAGGACGCCCACACCCUUGCUCUCGGGGUGUGCAUCUCUGCCUUGCUUCUGUCUUAACAAACUGUUUCUCUGUGUGCUCUCCCACUCGUUGUGCUGUCGUGCUGUGUCUCGAAUAAUAAACUUUGUACCUGUUUUUUACAGUUUUGGCCUCCUUGAGAAAUGCAUUUUGCACUGGGGACAAGAGCCAGGGAAAAUUUGCCUCUAGCCUCUAGCCCUAUGCUGGUCUAGUGGCUAGGAUUCCUGGAUUUCAUCCAGGCUACCCAGGUUCAAUUCCUGAGCAGGGAACUAAGAUCUCACUUCACGCCACCACUCACUGCUGCCUCUCCAAGAUCAGUACUAUUGUUUUGUUUUGUUUAAUUAAUUUAUUUAUUUAUUUUUGGCUGUGUUGGGUCUUCGUUGCUGCACGCGGGCUUUCUCUACUUGUGGCGAGCGGGGGCCACUCUUCGUUGUGGUGCGCGGGCUUCUCAUUGCAGUGGCUUCUCUUGUUGUGGAGCACGGGCUCUAGGCGCGCAGGCUCAGUACUUCUGGCUCACGGGCUUAGUUGCUCUGUGGCGUGUGGGAUCUUCCCGGACCAGGGCUCGAACCCGUGUCCCCUGCAUUGGCAGGCGGAUUCUUAACCGCUCUGCAACCAUGGAAGCCCAGCAGGCAGAUUCUUAACCACUGCGUCACCAGGGAAGCCCCCAGUACUAUUGUUUAUUUAAUUUUUUAAAUACAUUUUUUUCUUUUUUUUUAAUUGAAGUGUAGUUGAUUUACAAUGUUGUGUUAGGUUCAGGUGUAAAGCAAAGUGAUUCAGUUAUAUAUAUGUAUUAUAUACAUUACAUUUUACAUAAAUAUAUGUAUAUAUUCUUUUUCAGAUUUGUUUCCAUUAUAGGUUAUUAUAAGAUAUUGAAUAUAGUUCCCUGUGCUAUACAGUAAGUCCUUGUUGUUGAUCUGUUUUAUAUAUAGUAGUGUAUAUGUCUUAAUCCCAAACUCCUAAUUUAUCCCUCCCCCUCACUUUCCCCUUUGGUAACUGAAAGUUCAUUUUCUAUGUCUGUGAAUCUAUUUUUCUUUUGUAAGUAAGUUCAUUUGUAUCUUUUUUUUAGAUUCCACAUAUAAGUGAUAUCAUAUGAUAUUUGUCUUUGUCUUACUUACUUCACUUAGUAUGAUAAUCUCUAGGUCCAUCCAUGUUGCUGCAAAUGGCAUUAUUUCAUUCUUUUUUACGGCUGAGUAAUAUUCCAUUGUAUAUAUGUACCACAUCUCCUUUAUCCAUUCAUUUGUUGAUGGAUAUUUAGGUUGCUUCCAUGUCUUGGCUAUUAUAAAUAAUGCUGCUAUGAACACUGGGGUGUUGGGACUUCCCUGGUGACACAGUGGUUAAGAGUUCACCUGCCAAUGCAGAGGACACAGGUUCGAGCCCUGGUCUGGGAAGAUCCCACAUGCCACAGAGCAACUAGGCCCGUGGCCACAACUAAGGAGCCUGCACUCUAGAGCCCGCGAGCCACAACUACUGAGCCUGAGUGCCACAACUACUGAAACCCGCAUGCUACAACUACUGAAGCCCAUGCCCCGCAACAAGAGAAGCCACUGCAAUGAGAAGCCCACGCACCACAACGAAGAGCGGCCCCCGCUCGCCGCAACUAGAGAAAGAUGAAGCAACGAAGACCCAACGCAGCCAAAGAAAAAUAAAAAUAAAAUACAGAUAUAUAAUUCUAUCUUCUAAAAGUAAAGUAAAAUAAAAUAAAAUAAAAUAACCACCACCCAAAUCAAGAAAUAGAAUGUGGCCUUCGUCCUCCCCACCCCACCGCAUGCCCUUUCUCCUACACAACCUAUCCCUUCCUUCCCCACCAAAGGGAACCACUGAAUUUUUUGAAAAUCAUUUUCUUAUCAUGAUUUUAUCUGCAAUAUGGUUUAGUUUUGACUUGUCAAUUUAAAGAAAAAAAUAACCAGAGUUAUGAGUUUAGUGUUAACCCAAGGACGUUGCUGAGGACUAGCCUGGGAAACAGCGUCUCAGGUUGCUCUGAGGAGCUGCUCUGAGGAGGUGGAGGAGGAGCCAAUAUAUAUAUAAUGAUUUUUCUGGCUAUGAAAAAACAUAGUCAAGCACACAUCUCAGUAAAACAUUAGUGCUGAUCAGGAAGAACAGAUAUCUCAGUGAUUUGAGUGCUUUUCUCUGUAUGGCUCGUUGGAAUUAUUCCUGAGGUAUGCAUCUCAACUGUCUAAGGACUCAUUUAUCCAAAGCACAGAACGCCUCCUCCUGUGUUUUCCAUUAUGAAUUCCCCUGAGGGCACACCGUUGGUGGGCAACUGCAGUGGGUUUCAGUUUAACCUUUGGUAUAACUGGAUGGUGGAGGACACUCUGUUCCUUUUGUUUCUUUUUUUUUGGUUGCAGUCUACCCCCUUUUUGGUCACAAGUUCAACCAAGGUUUGAGAGGCAUUUCAUGACCAAUUUGUCCCAUGGUGCUAGGAAGUGUCAUUCCUCGGUCAAGUGAGGAUUCCAGUGGUAGGCCAUUCAUGUGCUGUGUCUGGAUUAGACCCUGUUAAUAACCUAAAACUUCUCUGGAUCAUCUGUCUUACCAGUCUAUUAUGAUCCAGGAAAUGUUUCUCCCUUGUUGCUUCUUCCCAUAUCUAGAGUUGUACUACUACAGUUAAUUUUCUAGAGAGCUACAUAUGUGAUUAAUUGUCUCAAGGCAUUUAGGCAUCAUUAAUUUUGUCAGAGAACUGUUUAUCCAUCAGGUAAUCCAAGAAACAAGAAUCAUAAAAUGGGCAAGAUAUAAGUAAUAUAGCUAGCUAGUACCAUUAGCAAGGUCAUAGUACAGCAGCUAGAGAGAGAAGAAGGAAGGAUUUACUGCCUAGUUCUGCAGCAACUAGGGAGAACACCGGGGGGAUCUUACCAAAGCAGUUUUUUCUGGAAAAGCAAAAGUGGGGCAUUUUUAAGCUAAAGGUACUGCAUAUUCAUGCAGGGGGGCUUGGGCAGUGGACAGAGCUCAAGCUUCAGCUGAUUGAAGUCGUGAGGGUCAGAAAAGGCAGCAUGACCAUCCCUUAGGUUCCUGUUGAUCUGGUGGUUGAGCACCCUAGGGGGAGGGUUUAAAUUCUGCAAAACAGCUCAAGACAGUACUUCAGGCUAAUUUCUACCGUUGAAAUACAACUGGGAGUCUUUACAUCUGAUUCAUUAUCUUUGCAAUUGUUACUUCCCUUGUCUGAUAACUUCGCCCUUAAGACCAUUAUUACUGAGACCUGUUCAAGGGAACACAUUGUGGCCAGGCUUAGAUCACAAAAUGGCUUAGGCCAAAAAACGGCUUCCUUAUGUCAAGAAAGUCUUUCCGGUUCUCUUUCUCCAGGGACUUCUACCCAAUCUGGUUACACCAUCCACAGGUAGAGACGUAGCUGUAACAUACAUAUGACAAACAGAUAACCAGAGAUCUCAUAGCUUCAUUUCAAAACUUAGUCAUGAACCAGGUAUUACGAUAUAAAACUUACUAGUUUAUAAAUACCAGUUGGAAUAAGUUAUCUGCUCAAGUGGCUAAGGCUUUUUACUGUUUGCAGAAAACAUUUUAAGAUUUGUAUUCGUCCUUGACAAACCCUUAAAGAAGCUGUGAAUUAGAUUUUAGAUGAGAGAGCCUUUCCAGCAGUUUGAGUUUUAAAAGACUUCUUUUCCCUUUUUUCUCCUUCGGUUUCAAGUUCUACCUGAUAGAGUUAACUGGGCUCAGUCUCAGGCCAUUAUGGGCUGUAUUUACAUUUCUGAUUUGUAGAUAUUUGUAAGAUUAGGACAGUUGCUUUUCACUCCCAAAGGAACUGGAUUGCUACCUAAAUGAUAUCAAAAGAUUGAUUUGUCCAACUACAUUUUCUUUAAUUUGCUCCUUUAUAUCAGUUAGAAUAUUUCCAACUAAACUGGAAAUCAAAAGAUUUCUAUAUUCUAGAUCUUUAGGAUUCAGUGUGCCAUGCUUUGAAAAGUUUGCACAAGGCGUUCAACAAAGGCCCUCUUUCAGGUCUGGGCUUCUGGUCAAAGUUAGACCAAUUCGCCCUAGGGGCAAAAAAAAGGUCUCCAUCGUUGCUUUUAUUAGCCCCCAGUUUUUACCUCAUACUGUAUGGGCUCAGGUAAUCCUAGUGAUUUCCUUAAGUAUUUUGAAUUAACAUUGCCUAAGAGGCAGAUGUAUAUGCCCUGUCUUUUUUAUAAAUUUAUUUAUUUAUUUAUUUACUUUUGGCUGCGUUGGGUCUUCGCUGCUGCACGCGGGCUUUCUCUAGUUGCGGCGAGCGGGGGCUGCUCUUCGUUGCGGUGCGCGGGCUUCUCAUUGCGGUGGCUCCUCUUGUUGCGGAGCACGGGCUCUAGAGCGCAGGCUCAG